GGAGAGAGAGAAGGGACCGGGGAGGGGGGGGGGGGAGAGGCGAUGGUGAUGGAGGUGGAGGAGGAGGUGGAGGAGGAGGAGAAUGAGAAACGAGGAGAAUGAGGAGGAGGAAGAAAGGAGAAGGAAGGAGGGAUAUGAACGGGAGACCACACAGUCUGUCUGUAUGUUGUUUUGGUGGUGGUGGUGGUGGUGGUACGUGGUGGUCCUCAGGAAAUCGUCGCAGAAAGAAAAGAAGGCCAAUGGCCUACCGACCAAAGCAAAUGGUCGUGGAGAAUGGGUUCAGGAGGUGAAGCUCUCCCUCAAUCCAGUCAAUCAAUUAGUUAGCUAGUCAGUGGAAAACUAAUGAGCACCGCCGCCAGCCAAGGGACGGAAAGAGAAAUAGUCUCGCCCCAAAUGUGGGUUUUUCUUUGGGAGAAAUGGCCCAGUUUGCGCGGGAGUUCCGGAAGGGAGGCGGCGAACGAAGGGAAAAGGAAAUUUGGAAGAAGGGCGGGAGAAGAACUAUACCUCUAUACCCUGUAGGUGAAGAUGGAAAAGGAAAAAAGAGGGGAUUUCGU